AUGGCCAAGUGGUUCAAGGAGCACCUCGGUUUCAAAACUACCAAAGCACCCCCGCCGGCUCCCCCGAAGCCGGACUACCGACACUGCCUCACCGGUGUGCCCGGCGCGCCUGGCUUCCAACCGGGAACCACUUUCACGCUGAGCCCCGCUCAACCGGACAUUCUCGCCGCGUACAAACUCCAGAAGGAGCUGGACUUCGAGGAUCCGUACACUCCCGGUGGGAAUAUCGCCUUCACCGCGAGCUCGCCGGACAUCAAGUACGUCUCGCCGAAGCACCGACUCAUCAAGGUAGAGACUGUGGACAAGAGCAACCCGGCGCCGGGUGCUGGCGGUGGAAGCGGCGGGGUUGUGGCGGUCGUUCAAACCGUCGCCGUAGGCAGCGUGAAAUCUCCCACGUCGCCCCCCACGGAGCAGGACAGCAAGGAGAAGCUCAUUAUCCUGGAGGACUACGCUGACCCUUUUGAUGCAGAGCAGGCCGGCGGCACGCAGGUCAGCACGGAGAAGGUAACCACUGAGAACGAUGGUUACAUGGAGCCAUACGAGGCCCAGAAGAUGAUGGCAGAAAUUCGAUCCAGCAGUCGCGGGCCAAAGGACGGUGUCACCAAGCAGCUUCCUCUGUACGACACCCCAUACGAGCCCACCGAGAACGGAGGAGACUCUGACCCCGAACGUUCGCGCUGCCCCCGAGAAAGUCGACUGCCUCAGGACGACGAGCGGCCGGCCGAAGAGUACGAUCAGCCCUGGGAGUGGAAAAAGGAGAGGAUUUCCAAAGCCUUUGCAGUCCAGUUUGACGGUGUGGAGAAGUCUCGAAUGUCGCCCACCAAGGAUGGUAAAACCCGUCCGUUGCAGCGACAUUCCAGCGGCUGCUUGGUGAACACCAAAAUGACGUCAGCCGAGCAACCCGCCUCAUCGGUAGGGGAACGUGUCGAUCCCAGCAUGGCCUUGGAAAGCCAAUUCUGGUACCACGGCGCCAUAAGUCGGACGGAUGCAGAAUGUCUCCUCCGGCUGUGCAAGGAAGCGAGCUACCUGGUGCGGAACAGCGAAACCAGCAAGAAUGACUACUCUCUCUCGCUUAAGAGCAGCCAGGGCUUCAUGCACAUGAAGCUGUCCAGGACAAAGGAGAACAAGUAUGUCCUUGGCCAAAACAGCUGCCCUUUCGACAGCGUGCCCGACAUCAUCCACUUCUACUCAAGCCGCAAGCUGCCCAUCAAGGGUGCUGAGCACAUGUCCCUGCUGUACCCCGUUGCCAUCAGGACACUAUAG